CCGCCCCCUGACCAUGCGCGUGCUCAACCCUCAUUCAAAACAGAGCACAGCUGUUGUGAGGGUUAGCUUCAAAGUGUUAGCCGUUGGCGCUGCUCAUGAGUUUACUGGAUUAUUCCAAGAAUAAAGAAGAAAAAGGUGCACUUUGGCAGCUGGAGCUGGUCUGAGGAAAAGCUGUAAUCCACUGAAGGCAAAUCAGAACAAACCUCUUGUCCAGAAUGAUGUACAUCUGACAUAAAGCUAAGAGCCGAACCGGCUUUGCUGAAGAUGAGCGUUCUCCUGCAUUAGAGCUAGAUGUGUGGGAAUGAUGGACCUCCCUAAUGGCCAAUCAAGCAUCACCACCAGCACUGCUGCCACAGUCUCUGAGAAGAGCAGCAGUUCAGAAUCUCUCAGCGAUAAAGGUUCCUCGGAGCUGAAGAAGAGUUUUGAUGCUGUUGUCUUUGACGUGCUGAUGGUUACUCCCGAAGAAUAUGCAGGCCAGAUUACACUCAUGGAUGCUCCUGUGUUCAAAGCCAUCCAACCAGAGGAGUUGGCCAGCUGCGGUUGGAACAAGAAGGAGAAGCACAGCUCUGCUCCAAAUGUUGUGGCCUUCACACGUCGGUUCAAUCAGACAAGCUUCUGGGUGGUAAGAGAGAUCCUCCAUGCACAGACGCUGAAGAUCAGAGCUGAGGUGCUGAGUCUGUAUAUUCGCACUGCAAAGAAACUGUGUGACAUGAACAGCCUCCAUGGGCUUAUGGCUGUUGUGUCAGCAUUACAGAGCGCUCCCAUCUUCAGACUUACCAAGACAUGGGCGUUGCUGAGUCGGAAAGAUAAGACCACAUUUGAUCGGCUCAACUACAUGAUGUCCAAAGAAGACAACUACAAGCGUCUGAGAGACCACAUCAGCAGCCAAAGCAUGGUCUCUUGUAUACCAUACCUAGGGAUGUACCUGUCCGAUCUGACGUACGUGGACUCGGCCUACCCCUCCACAGGCAGCAUACUGGAGAACGAGCAGAGGUCAAACUUGAUGAACAACAUUCUCAGAAUCAUAUCAGACUUGCAGAGAUCCUGUACCUAUGAUAUUCCAGUGUUGCCUCAUGUCCAGAAGUAUCUGAACUCAGUCAGGUAUAUUGAGGAGCUACAGAAAUUUGUAGAGGAUGACAACUACAAAUUGUCACAAAAGAUUGAGCCAGGCACCAGCACACCACGAGCAAAUGCCUCCAAAGAGGAUCUGGCCAGUCAGGAGGCAUCGUCAUCCCCUCUCUGCGGCCGUAAAAGUACAGUAGCAGCUGAAGGAGCCAAAGUCGCAGCUACUCCACCCUCUCCCAGGAACCUACUGCCCCAUGGGCACAGAAAAUGCUACAGCCUGGGCUACAAUUUUAUCCAUAAGAUGAAUACAGCAGAGUUUAAAAGCGCUACGUUCCCCAAUGCUGGUUCUCGCAGUCUGUUAGACGAUAGUGUGAUGGAGAGCCACAGUCCCACCAGAGGACAAGCAGAGAGCUCAACUCUGUCCAGUGGUAUUUCACUUGGCAGCAGUGAGGGCUCUGAACUGAGUGAAGAGGUGUCUUGGCCAGCGUUUGAGAGGACUCGGUUCUAUCAUUCUCUGGGCCCAGUGACCCGUGUGGCCCGCAUCCCCUACAGAGGAGUCCUGAGGCCCAGCAGCUCAGCUGAGUCCGAGGAUCUUGCAGUUCAUUUGUAUCCGGGAGCAGCCACAGUCCAGGGGGUGUUGAGACGCAAGACUGUGCUCAAGGAGGGCAAGAAACCUACAGUGGCAUCUUGGACCAAAUACUGGGUAACUCUUUGUGGAACCCAACUCUACUACUACCCUGCCAAGUCCCUGAAGGCCACUGAGAGAAAACAUUUCAAGUCCACAUCCUGUAAGAGCGCAUGUGUGGUGGGAUUAAUGGCCAUGAUGGCCGAUGACCCUGAGCAUCCUGAUGUCUUCUUACUGACAGACUCCGAGCACGGUAACACCUACAAGUAUCAGGCAGGGAGCAGAAUGAACGCCUUGCUGUGGUUCAAACACUUGAGUGCUGCCUGCCAGAGCAAUAGACCACCGGUUCCUGCUAACCUGAUGUCAUUUGAAUGAGCAACACAAAGGAAGACGACUGACUGAGGACAGAACAGCGGGAUGAGGAGGAGACUAUUGAAUGACUUGAGUUGUGGGAGCUUUCACUGCCACGAGGGCUGACCAGCGGUUCCCUGAAUUGUGCUCUGGCCUCACCGCAGCCUCACCUGCCACCACUGCCUUAAUCACAGUCCCCUGUGUGUACGAGUCUGCGUGGCUGAAAGUGGCCGGUGUUCUGACUACUGAUCAAGGAUCUGCACCACUGCUCCUUUAUUUUUUGUUUUUUUUUGUUGGUUUUUUUCUGUGGGCGUUCUGCAUUUCAGCGAAGUCAUUUAACUUCUCACAGACUGUGCUGAGGGACACACACAAUCUUCUCCUUUAUUUAUUUAUUUUUUUUGUUUGUUUGUUUUUUCCUGGGGUAACUUCUUUUAAUUGCCCUCCGUUCACCCCCAUCACGCUCUGACGCUGGAUGUUUGCCUUUUCAUUAAUGGGAUGUCACUCAUGCACAACAUGCACGCUCCCGUUGGAUUAGUCUGCUAGACUUCAGAAGGUUUGAAAACACUUUUAUUUAUUUAUUUAUUUUUUUCUUAUUGCAGCUCAGUUGACUCCUCCAGCACAGACAUUUGGCUCUUUGUCUACGUGAGUUUGCUUUGGGUCACGAUUAUUUGCGUCACGAUGCAAUCACACGCUUGAACGCAAGCGUAUUUGAUUGCAUUGUCUUUAACGUAAGGGCUCUGAUUCGCAAUCAAUCCCAGCAUAAAUGCUUCCCCACCUCUCUGAUGGGUCUAGUUUUUAAUACAGAUCUUGUAAUGUUGUUCCUUCCUUCCCAUUCUGUCGUAGCCUUGCUAGGUUUUGUGGAUGUUUGUGUGUUUGUAGAACAGGCUUGCUCGGGGUGGGUGUUCCAAUACUUGCUUAAAUAACACAGAUUGUGUCCUUUUUUUCUUUUUUCCUGCACAGGUACGAUUAUCCCAGAACCUAAACUAAGAAGUAGUCAGGGUUCUGGAGAAAAGUCUUUCUUUUUACAAAGCUGCAUUUUGUUUGAGUGGCAUCAGCUUGGAAGGACCAUGCUCCUUUCAGUGGACUCGCACACAGAAUAAAACACUAAAGACUUGAAACUGUGAUGGAGCCCAAGGGAGAGAGCAAUGAGAAAUCCUAACACGUGGUUUUAUAUCCCUCCUCCCCUUAUGGUUGGAUCCUCUCAUUCAGAGCUACCUGGAGCUAUACACAACGUGUUUUAUGUCUUGUUCCAUAUUUAUUUUGUUUUUGUUUUUGAUAGGCAUGCUGCAGUUCACAGUAUUACCAUGUAGUUGAUGAUUCAUUGCACGUCAGUGUAGUUUUGUCUGUUAUAUUUGAGUAUUAAGUUGUUUUUUUUCCUCUUUUUUUUUUUUUUUUUGGUUUUUACUUUUUUUUGAGUGAUUGUUUUUCAACAUUUAAUGUCCAGCUGGGUUUUACAGUCUUCCAUUUGCUCCUCUUAUUAUAUUGACCGGCACCCCCACCGAUCACCUUUAGGCUCUAACCACUUCACGUCAGAACUGGGAUAGCGUACACACCGUGAGCACUUUGGUUAUGAUUUGCGCAAAGCAAUAUCUUUGUCGCUCUGGUUUUCUUUAGAGAAGGCAGAGAGCUCCAGAGGAAUAAGGUGUCGUAACAGCUGUUGGGAUUUGAUAUUUUCCACCCAGCAUCGCAAAUGCUUCGGUGUGCCACAAAUGCACAAAUCCUGUUUGUUGUUGCACAAUCAAAUUCUGUGCUGGGAACUUUUCGCCCAGAAUAUUGUAGCCGUUCAUUGUUGUUUACAUUGUAUUUUUACACAGUCUUGAGCCCACAGUCACAGUCCUCUGUCUGCUCCACAGCCCUUGGGGAAAGUUGUGCAUCAGCAAAGUGGGCUUCCCAUCUGUCCACAAGUUUUUUUCCUCUGCUCAGUCUGUGUUCUAGACUGUUAGUGGAAUAGAAAGGUUAACAGAUCUAUCAGCUGAUAUCCCUCCAACUCCCCUUUCACUGUUCCAGCCUUCAGCUGUUUUUGUGGACCUGCAGGGUUCAGGCCUAAAUAAAGCAUCCACUACAAUGAUGCUUCCACACUAGGCACAAUAUGCAGCCAUGCAAUUUGUUGUGCACCAUUUAUUUAGUUCAGCUUGACAUUAGAGAGAAUCGUGGUAUCAAACCACAUGAUUAUUUGUUGCCUGUAAAACUGUGUGUCGUUUGUUUUUUUUAUAGCAUCUUUCCUGUGGAAGAGAAGUUAGUGGAUGCGCAUGUGAAAAAUGCAGUCAAGCCAAACAUAGAAUGCACACACAUUCAUGUGCCUCUGCGCCUCCAUUUUUUUUUAAACACCAGUUCAAAGGAAGCCGGCUAGUCCCUGGACGCUGCCGUCACCGCUGAGCAGCUCAGAAGCCGGCAGGCCUGUGUAACUGAUGGCCAGCUCAUACCCGCACUGGAUAGUGUUGUAUUGAAUUCAAAGAACAGACAGAAACGUAAUCGGUUCUGAUAUGACCGCGGUGUCGAGGCACAGGAAGAGCUUCUUGUGCGUCAUAGAGCAGAAGCUGAUGUGACACACUCUGAUUGGUGGAGCUCUGUGCUGAUGUUUGAACGGGUUGGUGAUUGUUGGCUGGAGCAGACAGUAUGUUUAAAACAGCGUACUUUUGUUUGUUUACAUUUGUAUCGGAGAAAGUGGAAUAUUGCCAGAAUCGCACCAUUUUUACAAUUUGGUUACUCGAUAAACUGCUGCUGCCUCAAAUUUUGGGAGCAUGAGAAGUGUGACAGAUCCUGUAAUCAUCCCCAUCACACUUCCCGUCUAUUAGUUAAUCUUAUGUAGUGGUUAUUGAGAAAAUUAUAUGAAAUGGUGUAAUUCAGUUUGAUUUCUUUGUUUUUUCCUUCCUGUUUUUCCACAUCAAUAGACGAGGAGGGGUGCAUUUGUAAGUUUUGAAUACCUUUGUCAUGUAGAGCACAUUUUGAGGUUUCCUCAUUGUAAGCAGUUUGCUGUUUUAAAUUGUUUAUGUGUAACGUAUAGUCAAAAUAAUGGAAACACAAUUUCUAUGGGAUUGUUAUUUUAUUUGCUGUUAUUUUAGUAUUUUUUUUAUUUAUUUUAUUUUUAGGCCAAAUCACUUUCACCAUAAUGACCGUGACCACCACAGCAUGUGUGACAUUUAGUAUCUCCAAUCAAUAUUAAUUUUGAACUUUUUUUUUUGAAAUGGCAAAAAUACAUUGUCUUACAUGAAUACAGAUGUGAUGCCAUGUUGAAAAAUCGUCUUUACUGUGUUCAUGAUGUGCAUCGUGUUUCCAUUAAUUUGGCCGCCCUGUUUACAAAUGCACAGCUCAUCUUCAACAGAGUCUAUUUCCUCAGAUUUUUUUUUUUUUUUUUUUUUUAGGGUCAUAAAAUGUUUAAUAGUUGAUAUAACGGCUUCCAACAGAGGGAGCUGUAGUGUAAUUAUGACAGGUGUCUGAUUUGAUAGAGAAAUGGAAUGAGUACCGGCUGUGCUCCGGCCACUCUGCACCGGGCGAGUAUCGUUCACUCUUCACCAGGGACGGCAUCAAUGUGUGUUCUAAUCAACAUAUGUGACAAUGAUUAUUUCUAAAUGAUCCUCACAGUCACCCUGUUCUUGGCUCUGCGUGCGCGUGUGUGUGUGCGUGUCACCCAUGUGACUGGCGAGCGCUGUGACCUCAGUCCUGAGUGAUGCGCUGCCAGGUGUGAAGACAGAACCAAUAAACACUCUGCCCUUUUGUUUUUUACUCCACA